AUGUCAUCGUUCCGGAUCCCAAAGAAACCAAGACAGGAAGACUCGGCUGCAGGCGGAUCAGGAGGGUCCAGCGGAUCCAGACCACCAGGAGGACCACCAGGAGGAUCAAAACCACCACCAGGAGGAACUUAUCCACCCGUCCGCUUCACAACGCCUGGAUCGUCAUCCUCCAAUGGGAAAUCUUUCCAGCCAUUGAGCACGGUCCCUGUGCAGACCAAUAUUUUUAGUGUCAGCAUCUCCAAGACGUCCAGGAAAUUCGUCCGGCUGAGUAUGGAGACCAUCUUGUGCGGAGGGAAGACGGAAGUGAAGCUAUCCGACGGGAUUCAAGCGGUCUCUGGAGGACUAAACAUAUCCGAAAAACGGCUCGCCCUUAAACAAAUUUUCCGAAAAGUCUUUGAAAGACACCCGGAAAUCUUCGGAACCAAUUUCCUUCACUACACAUUCGACUGUGCAACUACAAUUUAUUGUGUUGAUGGAGCUUACAAAGGAGGAGAGAAGAAAUUGGAGGAGACCCUUCAACAAUCAGACUUCACCGAAGAAGAGUGGAAGACAAUCUCAAGGAUUCUAAGAAGACAAAAGACAUUCUUCAAAAUCAUCCUAUCCGCGAAUGGAGUCGUUUAUGCAGAUGGACCGAAUGCGAUGGCUGAAAAAAAUCGGCAAGAACUUGUCAGAGUCGUCGAGACUGUCACUUCAGAAUCGCUCAAUACCAACACAUAUCUUCAAUACGGUAGCCAAACGUUUCCAAUGAGAGAGCAACCGAUGAUGAAGCCCGAUGCAACUUCAGAAAUCAGAUUUGGAUUCGACAAAGCAGUCCGUCUUGCAGAAGGAACUGAUGGUGUUCCUGAAAUUGUAAUGUCCAUUGACACCAAGCAAAGUCCAUUUGUCGCGGCAACCAGUGUAAUGAAGUUUAUGUGCAGUAAGUUUUCCGAGGCUAAGGGACGUGGAGUUGGAGCACCAGGAGCAUCAGGAGCCCAACGAGGCCGUGGAGGAUAUGGGGGCGAUCGUCGUGGAGGUCAUGGUGGCCAUCGUCAGGAUCCAAGAGAUCAGAGACGAAGAAGCAGAAGUCGCUCACCAAUCGAGCGUUCAAGUGUGGACUACAACGAUGCCGAAGUUCAAGAGAUGCAAGAUGCAUUCCAGCGAGGAAAUGAGGAAAAAAUUUUUGAAAAGAUUCAGGAUUCGUUGAAAGGAUUCUUCUUGGAACCUAGCCAUCUGCCAAAGGACAAGAACAGGAACAUCACAGUUAUGAAGCUAACACCCGGAAAUGCGAAUACAACGAAGUUUGAGCUAAAUGCUGGCGAAGGCAAAACAGAGCAAGUCUCCGUCGCCGACUACUUCUUGAACCACCAUCACUACAAAAUCAAAUUCCCACUUUUGCCUCUCGUCGUCUCAGGGCGUCUUCGGAACCUUUCAUUUACCCCCAUCGAACUAUUGACCAUAGUUCCUGGCCAGAGGAUCAAGAUUCAGAAAAUGAGCGCCACAGUUGUAAGUUUCAAAUUUUUUAGGCAUAGACUUUUUUCAAAUUUUCAGCAAUCCUCAAUGACUGGCCAGAAUGCCACUUUGCCCCGCGAGCAUACCCGACGAAUCAUGGAAAUCCUCAAGUACCACCUGAAAAUUGAAGGAAACCGUCAUUUGGCAGCUUUCGGAGUCAAUGUCACCAUGGAACCCAUUCAAAUGCCAGCCAUGAUUUUGGCGCCAGCUCAGAUGACAUUCGGAGGUGCAUCGGUGGUUUUCCCUCCACCAGGAAGUGUCCAAUUCCGCCCAAGAAAUGGAGCACGCUUCUGGAGACCAGCCAGAGUCAACAAUGUGGCGGUUAUUGGUUUUGAUGGAGUGAGAAUUGAUUUGGACCACUUCUGCAAUCGUCUCCACUCGACUUGCCAACGAAAUGGAUUGGAUAUGAGGAACAGACCCCAAGAAUGGAUCAAACUUCAAAUGAACUCCAGCGACACGGCACGACUCAAGGGAGAGAUGCUGCAACUUCUGAGGGAACAGGUCUCCAUCGUCAUCGGCAUCACUUCGGAGAAGAAACCCGAUGUUCAUGACGUCAUGAAGUAUUUUGAAGCGGGAAUCGGGCUUCAAACUCUUCAAAUUCACGAUCGCACAGCUGAGUGUUUUAUGAGGGAGCAAGGAGGGGCCCAGACCGUUGACAACGUCAUGCGGAAGUUGAAUUUGAAGUUGGGAGGAAUCAACUUCAACGUCGAUCCGGUCAAUAUGUAUGAACACAAGGUCAUCUGCAACAAUAUCGGAGGAAUGAAGAAGAAGCUCUUUGAGAAAGUUCAAUUCGUAGGCUUCGAGAUGACCCAUGGAUCCUCAAGAACCUUGUACGACAAAGCUCAAGGACAAUUUGAUGGAGAACCAACGAUCGUCGGUUGCGGAUACUCCUUGAGCUCUCCAACAGAACUCGGAGGAUAUAAUUUCCUUCAAGAGAGAAAUGAGUACAAGCUCAAAAAUCUGGAUUCUCACUUCAAGACGUGCCUUGACCAAUACAAGAAGGCCACUGGCUCUCUUCCAGAAACCGUCGUCAUCUUCAGGACUGGCGCUGGCGAAGGAGAUUUUAAGAGAGUCCAAGAAGAAGUGGAAGAGAUGCAGGGAGUUUGUAGAAGGAUCGGAGGUUCCAAACCACCGAAGCUGGUCGUCGUGGUGGUUCAGAAGACUUCUCACACCCGCAUCUUCCCCAAGGAGAUCAUGGGACACAAAGCCUACGAGCAAAACGUAAAGUCGGGAACCAUGAUAGACUCCCGGAUCACUAAUUCUGGACGGGAAGAAUUUAUUCUCGUAUCCCAGUCGGCUCUCAUUGGGACCGUCCGGCCGGUAAAAUAUUCUGUGAUUGCGAAUGCCCCAGAAUGGAGCAAGAACGAAAUUUCCAACUUGGCUUAUGUCCUGGCUUUCGGUCACCAGGUCUCCUACCAGCCCCCCGCCGUCCCUCAUGUUCUGUACGCGGCGGAAAACUUGGCCAAGCGUGGUAGGAAUAACUACCUCCAACAUAAGAAACUUGGAGAACUUUCGAAAUCCAUCAAGAAGGUUCUCGAUGAGCACAGGGACCUUCUGGAUGCCGAGGAGAGUCAAUUGGAUUCUGUCCUCGUUGCGGACAUCACCGCGUCCAUGAACAAGAUGGCUGUUAAAAAUAAGAACUUCUGGGCUUAA